AAAUGAGAACUCAAUUAGUACUAACUUGUCUUGUUUUGCUGUGUCUUGUUCUUGGUGGAGUUGCUGGGGGUGCAGCUAAGGUACCACGCAACAACUUCUAUAAGAGUACUAGUUGUCCAAAUGCUGAACAACUUAUUAGAGAUAUCACUUGGAAAAAAGCUAAAAAUGACGCUACCUUGGGUGCUAAAUUACUUCGAGUCCACUACCAUGAUUGUUUCGUUAGGGGGUGUGACGCAUCCAUAUUGCUUGACAAAGUGGGAACAGUUGAUUCAGAGAAGGAGGCUAGGCCAAAUCUCUCAUUGGGUGGUUUUGAUGUGAUUGAUGAUAUCAAGCGACAAGUUGAUGCUAAAUGUCCUGGCAAUAUUGUUUCUUGUGCUGAUAUUUUAGCUUUAUCUGCUCGUGAUGCUGUUUCUUUCCCCUUUAAAACUUCAAUGUGGGAAGUGGAGACCGGAAGAAAAGAUGGGAAUGUUUCCCUUGCAAGUGAUGUGAAUGGAAACUUACCUUCACCAUUCUCAGAUUUUGCAACCCUUAAACAAAUCUUUGCAAACAAAGGCCUAAAUGUCACUGAUCUCGUUGCAUUAUCAGGUGCUCACACAAUUGGUGUUUCUCAUUGUGGAGCAUUCUCUAGAAGACUCUUCAAUUUCACUGGCAAAGGUGACAUGGAUCCAACUCUUAAUGCUACUUAUGCUGAAUCAUUGAAGAAAUUGUGCCCAAAUCCAGCCAAUCCAAAUACUACUGUGGAAAUGGACCCUUUGAGUUCAACUUCAUUUGAUAGCAAUUAUUUCAAUAUCCUUAUUAAGCAGAACAAAGGGUUGUUCCAAUCUGAUGCUGCCCUUCUCAAUGACAAAGACUCAGUAAUUGUCAUCAAGAAAUUACAAAAAGACAAGACUUUCUUUGUUGAGUUUGCAAAAUCCAUGCAGAAAAUGGGAGCCAUUCAACUUCUUACAGGAAAUGCUGGAGAAAUUAGGAAGAAUUGUCGCGGAAUAUUUUGGCAAUAUGCUUUGCUAGUUGUAGAAAUUGCUUGGGAUACAAGGAAUGAAGACUAUUCAAGAAAUGAAGACGGUGCAAGGAACGAAGACUAUUCAAGAAAUGCUUGGGGUGCAAGGAACAAAGACGGUGAAAGGAAUGCUUGGGGUGCAAGGAACGAAGACGGGGAAAAGAAUGAAGACGGUGCAAGGAAUGCUUGGGGUGCAAGCAAUGCUUGGGAUGCAAUUAAGAAUGUUUGGGGUGCAAGGAACUCAAAUGCACCACGAAAGAACUACUAUCAAAGCACUCAUUGUCCAAAUGUUGAACAACUUAUUAGAGAUAUCACUUGGAGCAAAGUUGCAAAAGAUGCUACCUUAGGUGCUAAAUUGCUUCGAAUCCACUACCAUGAUUGUUUCGUUAGGGGGUGUGACGCAUCCAUAUUGCUGGACAAAGUUGGUUCAGAUGAUUCAGAGAAGGAGGCUAGGCCAAAUCUCUCUUUGGGUGGUUUCGAUGUAAUUGAUGAUAUCAAGCGAGAAGUUGAGGCUAAAUGUCCUGGCGUUGUUUCUUGUGCUGACAUUUUAGCUUUAGUUGCUCGUGAUGCUAUUUCUUAUCCUUUUAAAGCUUUAAUGUGGGAAGUGGAGACUGGAAGAAAAGAUGGGUUUGUUUCCCUUGCAAGUGAUGUGAACGGAAACUUACCUUCACCAUUCUCAGAUUUUGCAACCCUUAAGCAAAUCUUUGCAAACAAAGGCCUAAAUGUCGAUGACCUCGUUGCAUUAUCAGGUGCUCACACAAUUGGUGUUGCUCAUUGUGGAGCAUUCUCAAGGAGACUCUUCAAUUUCACUGGCAAAGGUGACAUGGAUCCAUCUCUCAAUGCUACUUAUACUGAAUCAUUGAAGAAAUUGUGCCCAAAUCCAGCCAAUCCAAGUACUACUGUGGAAAUGGACCCUAUGAGCUCAACUUCAUUUGAUAGCAAUUAUUUCAACAUUCUUAUUAAUCAAAACAAAGGGUUGUUCCAAUCUGAUGCUGCCCUUCUCAAUGACAAAGACUCAGUAAUUGUCAUCAAGAAAUUGCAAAAAAAUAACACUUUCUUUUUCGAGUUUGCGAGAUCCAUGCAGAAAAUGGGAGCCAUUGAACUUCUUACAGGAAAUGCUGGAGAAAUCAGGAAGAAUUGUCGCGUCAAAAACUAAUUCAAGAAAAAACCUAUGGUUAUAUCAUAUGUAUAUGUUGUCGCAAAAGUGUACAACAUGAGUCUCUGUUAUUUAUUUAUUUUGUUCUUUAAUCUUCCGUAAUUUUGUGUGGUGAUUCCAAAUUAACUAACUUUAUGUAAGUUAAUUUAUAUGGUUAUUGUUUGAAA